CUCUCGAUCAAAACAAUCACGGUUUUAUCGGAUAAGUUAAUUGUUAUCAGUACUUCACAUGCCAUGCUGAAGAAAUGUCCGAAUCUAAGAGGGACAACCAUGCUAAAGACGGAAUCAUUGAUUUCACGGCCGGUUUUUUGGGGGGCAUCGCGUUGGUUUACGUCGGCCAGCCCCUGGACACCGUCAAGGUAAAAAUGCAGACGUUUCCAAGCUUAUACAACAACAUGAUUGAUUGUUUCAUGAAAACGUUACGCGCAGAUGGAAUUUAUCGCGGUUUGUAUGCCGGUACAGUCCCGGCUUUGGCGGCAAAUAUUACCGAAAAUUCCGUUUUGUUUCUUUGUUACGGCUUUUGCCAGAAAUUUAUUCAAAAAGUUAGUUAUACCGAACACGUGGCUGAUCUAAGCAUGAUGCAAAAUGCCACAGCGGGUUUUUUGGCCUCGUUUUUCUCUUCGGUGGCGAUUUGCCCCACGGAACUUCUCAAAUGUAAGCUCCAAGCGAUGUUUGAGACGCAAAAACAGCAAGAAAUGCAAGGGUUCAAAGUGGUCAGAGUGGGGCCCAUGAAGCUGGCAGCGCAAAUAUUGAAGACCGAAGGGCCUUUGGGGUUUUUUCACGGGCUUGUGCCCACGUUAGUUAGGGAAAUGCCGGGGUAUUUUUUCUUUUUUGGGACUUAUGAAGGGACUAGGACUUUGCUAGCGCGUCCGGGGGAGUCCAAGGACGAUAUAGGCUUGUUUAAGACAAUGGUGGCGGGGGCUUUGGGGGGCAUGUCUUUCUGGACGUUGACUUAUCCAGUCGAUGUGGCCAAAAGUCGGAUUCAAGUCACUAAUAGUAAAAUGAAUAUGGUUGCAAUGAUUUUGCAAAUAUCGAGGCGGGAAGGCUUCAGACAGCUUUAUAACGGGUUGACUCCAACGUUAGUUCGGACUAUUCCAUCCACUGCCACUCUUUUUGCAACUUACGAGUAUUCCAAAAGAUUCCUCCACCAAAUUUUCUGAUUAGAAAUAAAACUCGAACAUAGUUUUUAUAUUUUAUUUUUAUCCAAUAAAUAAAUAAAUAGGAAUACUGGGGUAAUACUGUC